AUUGGAAAGUUACCAAUUUAAUCCGAGGUUGCAAUCUUAAAACCUGCAACUCACCCUUCCAUCCAUAAACCCUUAUCUUCCUUUUUCACUGCAGCAGCGACACACAAGCUGGGGUUGGUUUCUGAUGGAAAAUGGGGUGGAAGUAUUUGAUGACGCUGGCGUGGGGGAGAGAAAGGGUGCACAAGAUGGGAUUGUAAAGAAUAAGGAAGCAGUGGGGUUAGUGGAAGUAAAAGAAUCAGAAGGGGAUAAAGUGUUUGAGGAGGAAAUAGAGCCGGAGACUCCUGGGUUUGGUAUUGACGAUGGAGUUGUAAGUGAGGGUGGAAAUGCUGGAUAUUUUGGGAAUGUGAACUCAGAUGAAGUUGAUAACUUUGAGGAAUCGGUUGAAGCCUCCCACGAGAUACAACAAACUGAUGAUGAGACAACGGAAGCUAAGGGAGAUCAAGAGCCUUCAGUUGCAAAGUCUGAGAAUGGAACUUUACAUCAUUUGAAUUUGGGUAACACUCAAAGUCAUGAUGAUGCACAGGAAACAAUUAAGGAUUGGCAGGAUGGAGAGGUGCAUACAAUUUUAGCUACUCAGGAUGCUAAUGAGGCAAAAGGAGGUAAUGAUUUUGUUCAGAAGCAGGUUCAUUCAUACAGAGAUGCUUUACUCGGGGAUGAAGUGAAUGCUGAAGUGAUUGGAACAUCUAAUAUUCAGCCCGCUGAGCAUCAAGACUUUGUUAAUGUUCACAAGGAUGUUUCAGUUAGUUCUGGCUCUAUACUGAAAGAUGAAAGGGAUAUUCAACUGGAGGAAGCGCAGUCACAUCAUUUCAAACUUUUAAAAACUGAUGUUAAGGAUAAAGAACAGAAAGAUCUUUCCCCUAAUGAUAAUUCAACAAAUGGUCACCUCGGAGAAAGCUUGAACCCAAGUGAUGAGAAAGAAAAGUCAGUAAUUAGUACAGAACCCAUUAACGGUAGUAAUAAGAAUGAAGAGCAAAUGGAUUGUCCAAUUGAUACUGCUGCUCCUAUUGCCCAAAUAGGCAGGCCCUGCGUAAAUGCCAAAGUGAAAGAAGAAGAAUUAACUGGUGCAGUGCUGAUAAGUAAGGAGUGCCUGGACGAGCAGGACAUUGUGAGUGAUGAUGUUACGACUCAUCAAGGACCAAACGAAACAGAGUCACCUGGUGUGGAACUUGUAAAUUUGAAUGACAAGGUUCAGGAGUACACUAAGGAGCAAAAGGAUGUUCUGAACUGUGAUGCUACUGAUCCUCAAGAUCUGAUUGGAGAAGAGUCACCUGCUGUGGCUUUAGUGAAUUCAAAUGACAAGGUUCAGGAGUACGCGGAGGGGCAGAAUGAUGCUACUGAUCAUCAAGUAUUAACAGGAAAAGACUCACCUGCUGUGAAGGACAAGGUUCAGCUAUACGCGGAGCAGCAAAAGGAUGUUCUGAGUAGUGAUGCUACUGAUGAUCAAAUCCUAAAUGUUAAAGAGACACCUGCCGUGGGGCUAGUGAUUUCAAAUGACAAGGUUGAUGAGCAGAAAGAUGUUUCUGUAUCUUGCACUUCAGCUUCUGAAGGCCAUACAGAAAAUUCUUCAGGAGAGACGGUGACUGCAGAGGAUGAGAACUGGAAAUCAUCAGAAGGUUCAGUAUCCAACAACAAUGAAAAGGUUGGUGUUAGCACACCUGAGUUUGUGUCAGUAAGUUCCAAGGUUUCUCAACCUCCACUAGGCGAUGCAAUUGUUGGAGUAAAAAAAGCUGUAGCGCAGGAGUCAGAAAAGCGUGAUAUAAAAGAACUGAAGCAAAAUGUUACUGGAGUGAGAGAACCAGAAGCUGGAUCUGCAAGAGAUCUCUCAUCCUCUGGUUCAUCCAUCACUCGUACACCACCACCUGCUCGACCGGCUGGCCUUGGUCGUGCUGCCCCACUAUUGGAACCUGCUCCCCGAGUGGUUCAGCAGGCUCGAGUGAAUGGAGCGGCGUCUUCAGUACAAAACCAACUUGUUGGAGAACCCACAAAUGGAGAAUCUGAGGAAUAUGAUGAGACACGUGAGAAACUCCAGAUGAUAAGAGUUAAGUUUUUGCGUCUUGCUCAUAGGCUUGGUCAGAAUCCACAUAAUGUGGUUGUUGCCCAGGUCCUUUAUAGAUUGGGGUUGGCUGAACAGCUGAGGGGGAGAAAUGGAAGUCGUGUUGCUGCUUUUAGCUUUGAUCGUGCAAGUGCCAUGGCCGAGCAACUUGAGGCAGCUGGACAAGAAGCCUUGGACUUCUCGUGCACAAUUAUGGUUCUUGGGAAAACAGGUGUUGGUAAAAGUGCGACCAUAAAUUCGAUAUUUGAUGAAGCUAAGUUUGAUACUGAUGCAUUUCAGAUAGGGACAAAGAAGGUUCAGGAUGUUAUUGGGACUGUGCAGGGAAUUAAGGUUCGGGUAAUUGACACUCCUGGGCUUCUGCCUUCCUGGGCAGACCAGCGACGGAAUGAGAAAAUCCUUCGUUCUGUUAAAAGAUUUAUUAAGAAAACGUCACCAGAUAUUGUACUGUAUCUCGACAGGUUAGAUAUGCAAAGUAGAGAUUAUGGUGACACGCCAUUGUUGCGGACAAUUACUGAAGUUUUUGGCCCAUCAAUAUGGUUCAAUGCAAUAGUUGUUCUUACGCAUGCUGCAUCUGCUCCUCCUGAAGGCCCCAAUGGUACUACAACAAGUUAUGACAUGUUUGUAACUCAGCGGUCUCAUGUUGUUCAGCAAGCAAUACGGCAGGCAGCUGGAGAUAUGCGGCUUAUGAAUCCUGUUUCUCUGGUCGAAAAUCACUUGGCAUGUAGGACAAACAGGGUUGGGCAGAGAGUGUUACCGAAUGGUCAGGUUUGGAAGCCUCACUUGUUGCUUCUGUCAUUUGCAUCCAAAAUUUUGGCUGAAGCAAAUACAUUGCUGAAGUUACAAGAUAGUCCACCAGGUCAUACUUAUGCCACUCGAUCAAGAUCACCUCCUUUACCUUUCCUGCUUUCAUCCCUUCUCCAGUCAAGACCACAGGUUAAGCUACCAGCAGACCAGUUUAGUGAUGAUAAUGAGAUUUUAGAUGAUGAUCUGGAUGAGUCUUCGGAUUCUGAAGAUGAAUCAGAAUAUGAUCAACUGCCAGCUUUCAAACGGUUGACCAAAGCCCAGCUAGCAAAAUUGACCCAAGAGCAAAAGAAGGCAUACAAUGAUGAACUAGAAUACAGGGAAAAGCUUUUUAUGAAAAAGCAAUUGAAGGAGGAGAGAAAGAGAUGGAGAAUGAUGAAGAAAAUUCAGGCUGCAGCUAAGGAUUUGCCUACUGAUACCAACGAAACAGUGGAAGAGGAGAAUGGCAGUGCAGCUUCUGUUCCAGUACCAAUGCCAGACUUGGCCUUACCUGCUUCAUUUGAUUCUGAUAACCCAACUCAUAGAUACCGUUAUCUUGAUUCUUCAAAUCAGUGGCUUAUGAGGCCUGUUCUAGAGCCUAAUGGUUGGGACCAUGAUGUUGGUUAUGAGGGCAUUAAUGUAGAAAGGUUGUUUGUUAUCAAAGACAAGAUACCUCUGUCUUUUUCCAGUCAGCUUUCUAAAGACAAAAAGGACACCAAUCUUCAAAUGGAAAUUGCAAGUUCAGUGAAGCAUGGGAAUGGGAAAGCAACUUCUUUAGGUUUUGAUCUGCAGUCGGUUGGUAAAGACCUUGCUUACACUCUACGCGGUGAGACAAGAUUCAGCAAUUACAGAAAAAAUAAGGCAACAGCUGGUCUUUCAGUAACUCUCUUAGGUGAUGUCAUGACAGGUGGGGUGAAAGUUGAGGACAAAUUGAUUGUUAACAAACGAGGACUGCUGGUCAUAUCUGGGGGGGCUAUGUUUGGUCGUGGUGAUGUUGCUUAUGGGGGUAGCUUGGAAGCAACAUUAAGAGACAAAGAUCAUCCUCUUGGUCGUUUCCUAUCAACGUUGGGGCUCUCGGUCAUGGACUGGCAUGGAGAUCUUGCUAUUGGAUGCAAUUCACAAACCCAAAUACCUGUUGGACGAUACACAAACUUGAUUGGACGUGUCAACAUUAAUAAUAAAGGGUCUGGACAAGUCAGUAUUCGCCUGAACAGCUCAGAACAGCUUCAAAUUGCCUUGAUUAGCUUGCUUCCUCUGGUCAGAAAGCUGAUUAGCUACACUCAACCAGUGCAAUUUGGAUAAUGAUGAAAACGAGGCCAUAUUCGAUAGCAAGCCAUACAGUAAAUGAAAAAUUACUCAUAUACUGACAAUCAUUUCAUCAGUAUUGCUAGACGUGGAGUUCUUGAUUUGCUUGGUGUUGACUAUCUUGGGCUAUGUUCCUGGAAUUAUCUAUGCUCUCUAUGCAAUCAUGUGUUGAAGGUGAACCACGAAAUGAUCAUUAUGACACUCUUGCUUGAUCUUUGUUGAAUAUACUAUUUCAGAUUGUGUGCUUGUAAUUUAUACCUAUGUUGUUCGGACUCUCCAAAAAUGUUGCAGUCGCCAUGUCGGAUCUUCCAAAAAAUGCACUAUUUUUGAAGGAUUUGACAAGCACUUGUAGGCAUUUUUGAGGGUCCUUUUGACUCCAAUUAUGGAUGUGUUGUACCCUAUGUCACUUGUUCUCAAUCAACUCUUGCAGUUUAAGAUUAUGGAUUUGGUAAUUUAUA